AUGGUAAGCAUUACUCAUAGAUUAUUAAAUCUAAAUAAUCAUUAACGUGCAUACGAAAAGAGUUUGAGGAAGACAAUUCUAAAGGAGUAGCACUUUCAAUUAGAGAUGAAGAAAUUUAUAAAGAUUUAGUUAAAAGAUGGGAGAGUCUAAAAAUUAGAAUAGGUGAGAAGUCAAGUGUUGCACUUGGAAAUUAAUCAUAACAAUCUCAGUUUCUUUUUAAAGACACAGCAAGAGUUUAAACGCAUCUAUCCUAGCUAUGAGUUUAAAAUGAAAGGAAAUGAAUUUUAAGCAUUUUUCAAGACUCAACCUGUAACUCUAUAUACAGAAUCGAAAGGAAAUCCUCCAGAUUUCGAUUAAUUAUACACGAGAUAAUAGGCUUACUUAUUUUAAUGA